AUGACCACCGUACAGAAAAUCAAGGAAGUCGAAGAUGAGAUGGCCAGGACGCAAAAGAAUAAGGCUACGAGCUACCAUCUGGGACAGCUCAAGGCCAAGCUCGCAAAGCUCCGGCGGGAGCUGCUCGGGCCACAGGGUGGCGGAGGUGGGGGCGGCGGCAUCGGCUUCGAUGUUGCAAGGACUGGGAUAGCCUCUGUGGGAUUCGUUGGCUUCCCAUCGGUGGGAAAGUCGACGUUGAUGUCCAAACUAACUGGCACACACUCCGAAGUUUCGGAGAUCGACUUUACCACUCUUACCACCGUGCCUGGUACGCUCAAGGUACACGGUGCCCCAAUACAGAUUCUGGACCUUCCUGGAAUCAUCGAAGGUGCAAACGACGGUCGAGGAAGAGGUCGUCAAGUCAUUGCCGUCGCACGCACGUGUAAUCUCAUCUUCAUCGUCCUGGACGUGCUCAAGCCACUUGGAGACAAGAAGCUCAUCGAGUCCGAAUUGGAAGCGUUUGGCAUCAGGCUGAACAAGAAGCCACCAGCAAUCACGGUGAAAAAGAAAGACAAGGGUGGAAUUGCCAUCACAAACACAGUACCACUCACGAACAUCGAUCCUGAAGAGAUCAAGGCAAUUCUGAGCGAAUACAAGUUGAGCAAUGCUGAUAUCGCGAUACGUCAACAAAAUGCUACUGCGGACGACUUGGUAGACGUAAUCGAGGGGAACAGAGUAUAUAUUCCUGCUAUUUAUGUUCUCAACAAGAUCGACGCAAUCUCCAUCGAAGAACUUGAUCUACUAUACAAGAUUCCUAACAGUGUACCUAUUUCUUCUCGGGAAUGGCUCAACAUCGACGAGCUGCUCGAUAUCAUGUGGGAGAGGUUAGAUCUCGUCCGCGCCUACACCAAGCCUCGUGGCGCCCCACCCGACUAUAGCUCCCCUGUCGUGCUGAGACGUGGAAAGUCCUCGGUAGAAGACUUCUGCAAUGCUAUACACAAGGAAAUCGCGAAACAGAUGAAAUACGCCAUCGUGUGGGGAUCUAGUGCAAAACAUACGAGAGGGCAGAAGGUUGGCGUUGAACACGUUCUGGAGGAUGAAGAUGUGGUACAUAUUGCGAAGAAGUAA